GCUGUUGGUUAUUCAAGAAUAAACAGCAAAGGAAAAAAUUGUUCGGUAUUAAUUCUUUUUACGAAUGUAUAUUUGAACUAAAUUAAAAGAAACUACAAAAUGUCUUUAUUACCACCACCGCCAAAAGAUAUUAAGGAAACGAAAACCCAAUUUUUUCAAAAUGCUGAACUUGAUGACAUAGCCAAGCACUUUAUAGGCAAUUUGUACAGAUAUCGUGAAAAUAUUAUAAUACCUAAGGGAAACGGCCCAGUGCAAAUUAAAACAAAAGAAGAGAAAAUGAUUGAAAGUACUGUCGAAAGCUGCACCUUUAAAUCUCUUACAGCCUGCGUAAUGGGUUACGGUUUGGGCGCUGCUAUUGGUUUGUUUACGUCCUCCGUUAGUCCGAAUAUGUCCGAUCCUAUGGCUAACGAACGCAAACAAACCGCGCGCGAAAUAUUCAGAGAAAUGCGCUCUACAACCCAUUCUUAUGCAAAAAAUUUUGCUUUAAUUGGCUGCGUUUUUUCGGCCGUCGAAUGUACUAUAGAAAGCCAACGAGGAGUUACGGAUUGGCGUAAUGGCACUUAUGCUGGCGGCGUUACUGGUGGUUUAAUUGGUUUGAGAGCUGGAGUGAAAGCUGGAAUUGUCGGCGCUUUAGGUUUUGCCGCAUUCUCUACAGCUAUUGACUACUACAUGCACAGUAGAUGAAAUGAUGUUCACAUUAAUAGGAUG